UUGAUGUGUUGCCAAAAUCCAUCUUUGAAGAACUUCAGCUGGAGGGACAUCGUGGAUCCUGAAGCGCAAAUGCGAUUGCGAGAGCUGCACAGUUGUAGUGAUGUCAAACARUUAUCUCCCAGUUUGUGUGACUGGGUGUCACACUGUGGGAUCCCUGGAAUCUAUUCAGCCCAUUCCUAUGAAAUAUCAACCAUAUAUGCUUGUUUGGUAAAACACUACAUAUACCACAGGGUGGCCAGCAUGGUCUCUCAGUUCACUGAGGGUCUGAACAGCUGUGGAGGAUUAUGGGAUCUGGUGAAGUGUCACUGGGAGACGUUUCUACCAGUAAUGACCGGGAAAGAGCAGCGACCUCUGACGCUGGAAGAGUUCAAAGAGCUUUUCACUUUCUGCUACAGCCACGCUGACUCUAAGCUGAGGGCAGGCGAGGAGGCCACGGUCUCUCAAUGGGAAACGGUCCUCACAUUUGUCAGGGAUGGACAAGCACAUUUUUCCUUUGAAGACCUCCUGAUCUUCAUCACAGGAGACGAUCACCUGCCUCCUCUCGGGUUCUCCAAACAGAUCUCCCUGCGUUUUUACACCCAGUCCACAUCAUGUUUGUGCUGCUGGAAGCUGUGAGCCUGCUGGAUUUUAAUCAUUCAGCUGUUUGAAAUUCAAAAGCAUUUUCAUGUGCUAUAACAAGAUUYAGAAUGGUUUUAUAAUGUAAACGAGAUUUUAUUCGACUAGCUGUUUACAGUAGUUGACAAAGACAUGUCAUUCCAUAAAACAUUCCAGCAAAUCAUAAACCUCAAAAGUCCCGCACCCUCAGCACAUGUCCUUAAUUAACCUUCAGUUAAACAAAAACACUGAUUGUAAUAUAUUUCUGUCUUUUUAGAUGUCUAGAAAAAACGGCAAGGUUGCGCCAUUUUAAUGUUUUCUUGUGAUUUUAAAAUUAAAGUUAUUGUAUUUUAUUUUUCUUAAUCAAAUGUUAAA